CCAAUAUGUUAGUCCUGACCUUAACGUUAGAGAAUCUAUGGAUUAUCGGCGAUACUAAAGUAGAUGGGGCAACGACAAGCAAAUCUCAGAGGUUUCGACAGAUAUCGAAGAAUUUAGAUUCUGUUAUAUUUAGGAUCGAUGAGAAGAUUUACACAGCAUCACCAGGAAAAUG